AUGGAGAAGGAGAGCGACGUGGAGCGCGGCGCCGACAAGUCCGCGGCGGCGCCGGGGUCCGGCCCCGCUGCCGCCGCCGCCGCCGCCGCCGCUGCCGCCGCCGCCGCCGCGGACGCGCCCAGCCUGCUCGACGCCGCCAGCCUCUUCGCGCCGCCACCGCCCCCUCCGCCGCCUUACGGCGGGCUGGGAACGCUCAGCGUCGCCGCGUCGCAAGCCGCCUCGCUCGGUAUCAACCCUGCAGCUACAGCAUGGUGGACAAUGGCAUCCCACAUUGCGGUACAGGACUACCUGGUACGGCUACAGGCGGCAGGGGGCAUGUCAUUUGGAGGCUUGCCAGGAGCUGAGACACUUGUUCCUGGUUACCCCUUGCUGUCCGUCCCACAUACACAGCCUCAUGCUCCAACUGGAAAAUCAGGCAAGUCAUCCAGCUCAAAAACUUCAUCAUCUUCAUCAUCAUCAUCCGUCUCAGCAUCGGGUACAGCGGGACACACCGGUAGCAGUCGUGAACGUGACAAGGAUCGGUCAUCGACAACACCAGUUGUUUCUGCCACUAUCAGUCCCGGUGUAGUAAGUGCUGCUGGCCGAGAACAAAGUGAUCCAGCAAGCAUUCUCGGUGGUGUAAGGCUACCCCCAGAUACGGAAAUUAUAAAGUAUACAUCUUCAAUUGUUGGGCCGAAAAUUCCUGGCACAACAAACCGUGGCCGUAAGAAGACUAUUUCGUUGGAUCCACCAUCUCUGAGUGUGAUGCCAACACAUCUUGGACCAGGUCUUAUGAUUGAGCGAGGUGGUGCAGGAAGUGGUAGCGGUGGUGGCAGCAGUGGUGGUGGUAGCGGAGGAGGUGGUUCCAGUGGAGGAAGCAGAAGGCAGCGUAAUAGGACGGCAGUGAAUACAGAACCUCUGGACUAUCGUGAGCAAGUAAUUCCAUCUGCGUCUCUGGAGCGUGAACGUGAAAGGGAAAGAGACCGAGAACGUGAGCGGGAAAAGGAACGGGAACGGGAGAGGGAACGUGAACGUGAAAGGGAACGUGAACGUGAACGUGAAAGGGAGCGAGAAAGAGAGAGGGAGAGAGACAGGGAGAGGGAGAGGGAGAGGGAGAGAGAGAGGGAAAGAGAUCGUGAACGUGAACGAGACAGGGACAGAGUUGAAGUCAUAAAAUUGCCUGCACACAGUAGUAAUGGAGCAGUACCCCUCAAUAUCCCGUCCUUUGGUGUAGGCUCGUUUGGCAUCUCAGGAAAUGAAAAUGAUUUACCUCUUAAUCUUUCUAUGAAACCUCAAGCUUCCACUAGUAGAAGCAACAGUGCCACAGUUAAUAGUGCCGUUAGUGGUGUGACUACAAACAGUAUACACAAUAACAGCAAUAGUGUGAUCAAUAACAACAUAACCAGCCUGUGUAAUAGCAGCGGCAGUCUCAAUCUGAGUAACUGCACACCAGUUGCUGCCCAUUCCUCAUCUCUAUCAUCACUGUCAUCAUUAUCUGCAUCUUUGGCAGCUGCAACACCUGUUCAUUCAGAGAGAACAUCACGGAGAAAACCAGGCCCAAAACCAAGGAGGGUUGUGCAGAGUCCAGCACCUGCAGUUCCAACAUCUCCAAGUCCUUCACUCAAACAGCUUUUUGCAGCAGCUGAUUCACCAAGGCCAAGCAGUGGAGGUGAAGAGAAUGAUGUAUGUAUAAAGGAUGCACGACCACGAAAUUUAGGUCGCGGAGUGUCUAAACCAAAAAAGAACACAGUGGCUUCUCUUUUAGCACAAAGCCGUGCUAUGGGGAUAAAACCAACAGCAUGUCCUGAUGUUUCACAGCUCAAUCACCAGGUUUCACUGUUAAAAUCCAAUGUGCUGGGUGUCCCAUCACCAGUUCCUAAAGCUGAGCCAGAACCCAUGGAGGAAGAUGAGUGCAGUGUUCCUGUGACAGAGGAAUGUGACCAGGUUGGGCAGCACACUCCACAAAAAGUGCAUCAAGAACCGUCACCUGCACCAGCACCGUCAGUGCCCUUAGCACAGUCUCCAGCACCAACAUCAUCACAACUACCACAGCAGCAUAAACAGCAGCAGCAACAAGAGCCUGUGCAACAGCUGGUCCAACCGCAGCAACAACCAGCACAGCUGAGCAUGUCUCAGCAUUCCCCACAGUUGCCUGCACCAUUACAAUCCACAACUCAGCUGCCCUCAGUGCAAUCACUGAUAACCCCACUACCUGCCACACAACAUCCUGUGGCUCACCAGCAGAUUGCACCAUUGCCACUGCAGCAGGACACUGCACAACAGCUUGCGAACUCACCUCAGCCGCCACCACAGCAACAACCUGUAAAUGCUACUUCAGAGGAUACCAAAGAUCUCAGCAAACAUAAGAGACAUCUGGUAAGUUCUCGGUCAGAAGACAACAAGUUGAAAAUUAGAGCUGUAGAGGGGCUCAGUGAAGACAGCAGCCCUCCUGAUGUGAGCAGUGAUUCUGGCUCAGCAUCUGAUGGGUUUCCUAGUGACAGUGAAGAAGAAGCAGCUGAGGGAGAUGGGGAUGUUGCAGAGAACAGCUUCAAGAAGGAAGGAGAGUCUGCUGCUGCAAACAAUACUGUCGUCAAUGUACCAGAAGCUGAGCCUCCCCCAAAGCGCCGGAAAGUUGAACGGGAGCAAGAGGUCCAUGCACUGCGAGUGCCGUUGGAGCUUGGUUGGAAGCGAGAGACAAUUCUGGGCACACUCAGUCGAGCCGGGCUUCUGCGUGGUGAGGUGUGCUACAUUUCACCUUGUGGACGCCGCUUUAGGCAGUGUCAAGAUGUUGUUCGGUUUCUGGAGAAGAAAAAUAUAACAGAAUUGUCAAGAGAUAACUUCAGCUUCAGCUGCAGAGUUUUAGUUGGGGAAUUUCUGCAACCGGUUCCUGGUACUGAUGAGAUGGUUCAACUAACUGAAGAUCAGGUUGCCCAAAAACUGCAAGAAUUGCGACAGGCUCGUAGCCAUAAAUCCCGAGCAGUUAAUGCUCAACGCUUGGAAGCAGCACGUAUAGCACAAGAACAGAAGUUAGUUCAACAACAGGAACGAGAGAAAGCUGCAUUGGCUGCCAAAGAAGCUAAACGCUUAGCUAAGGAAGAGGCUGCACGGCACAAAGAACAUGUUAGGUUUCUUAAAGAGCAAGAAAGGUGUGAGAAGCAGGAAGCUAUGAGAAGAGAGCGUGAGCAACGUAAUCUGCAAAUGAUGGAGGGUCGGAGGAGGCUUGCAUUCACCAUUGAGCAAAAAAUGAACAUCAUUCAAAAAAUCCAGACGGGGAAAACGAAAUCAGAAGUUAGCCGCGAGUUAGGUCUCGCGAGCUCGACCGUCGCAACCAUUUGGAAAAAUCGGGCCAACGUCCUCUCUACAUAUGAGAACAACAUUCCCAAGGUGUUGGGCAUUCCUGUUACUCCCAAGAAACUCGAGGAAAAGGGGGAAGCUCAUUUAUCUGAGAAGGAUGAAAAGGAGCAAGAACAGGAGGAAACGGUCCGACGCCGACGCCAAGAAAUGCUGGAGAAACAAAGACAGGAGGAGCAGCUUCGCAAACAACAGGAACGAGAACUCAAGCGUCAACAGGCUGUGAUGAUUAAGGAGCAACUUUACAUGCAAGAGCUGAGUAAGCAGAGGGAGAUGCUGUACACGGUGGAAUUGGAACGUGAGCGUAGGAGGCAACAUAUGCUUUUAGUUAAAGCACUUGAAGCACGUAAACGUCAGGAGGAAAGAGAAAGAAAACGCCAAGAAGUAAGAGCCGAAAAAAUUGCCAGUAAGGAACGUAAACUGGAGCAACGUCGCAUAGAGUUGGAACUUGUGAGAGAAUUACGGAAACCUGUUGAAGAUAUGGAACUGACAGAUCAUAAGCCAUUGCCUACUCUAAAUCGAAUUCCUGGAUUGAAGCUGUCUGGUCAGGCAUUUGCUGAUACCCUCAUGGUGUUUGAGUUCCUGCAUAACUUUGGGGAGACUCUUGGAUUUGAUAUGGACAGCUUGCCUAGUCUAAACAGUUUGCAGAUGGCUCUCUUGAAUGAUGAAGAGGCAGAAGAAGAAUUACUUUCAGUGAUGACACAUUUAUUGGUCUGUGCAAUUGAAGACCCUGGCAUUCCAAAUCCUGCUCGCCAUACCACUAUACUGGGACAAUCAUUAAAGCAAGCUGAUAUUACACAUGCAAACUUAUCUGAAAUUCUGAGAAUAUAUCUCUAUGCAAAUGCUACUGGUGAGGUUAAGGCACUCACAGGGUUACAUUUUGAAAGAGAUCGAGAAAAGAAGUCUGAUCACCACAAUAUGUAUGGUGAACCCAUCCCCCAGUGUGGCAAAAAUGCUGCCUUCUUCGAACAUUUGCAUGAAAACAAUACAUGGCGCAUGUCUGAAUGGCUGCAUGAAAAGCCUUUCCUUGCUUUGAACCCAACACAAAAAGCAAGCAUAUUGUCUUUUUUAUGCAAUGAACUGUUGCAGAACAAAGCUGUUCUCCGACAGAUUGACAACUCUAUUGAAACAGUUGGACAGCUAAGGAAGGAUCGAUGGCUAAUGGAUACUAAGCUCAGAAAGUUGCGCAUGCUGCACAGUCGCAAAGUGAGGCAGACAGCCAUGCAGCUAACACCAAAACAAGACCAGAGUGGCUGUGAUGAAUCGAAUGAUACUGGUGCUGGAGAAUCCAAAGUUAAAGAAGGGGAUGAAGGAGAUGAUGACAAUGAAGAUGAGGCAGAUGAUGGAGAGAGCGGCAAUGAAAGUGAUGGGACGCAACCAGAAGAGGAAGAAGACAAGAAUCUGACUGCUGAAGAACUGCAUCGCAAGAUGGAACGUCUGUCUCGUCAGAGUGAUCAUUCCUUGCAGGCACUGAGUACGUCAGCUCAGCAACUAAGAGCCACUUGCUUUGGCCAGGAUCGAUAUUUUCGACGAUUUUGGUCAUUGCCAUGCGCUGGUGGCAUCUUUGUGGAAGCUAUGGAGUCUGCUGAGCCUGAUCUUUACAAUAAAUAUGUUGAAGAAGCUCGCAGUAAACAAGAAAGUUGUGAAUCAGUGCCUGGGAACGGUUAUACGGAUGCUCAGACCAGUGAAAAUGCGAUGGAUAGAAUAAAGGAUGAAGAGGUGGGCAAGACUGAAACUGAGCAUAGAAAAACACAGAUAAGUAAUGUAGAUGAAAAUAAAGAAAAACCCAAUGAAAUGAAAAUGACAUUUACUGAGCAGAUGGAUAACAACUCAGUUACACAUGUGACAGACAAUUGUCAUGUGAAAUUGGAAGAAAAUUGUAGAUCUGAAGACAGUGAAACUAAAAGGUUGUCUUCUUCAGAAGGGUGUAUUGAGUCUCCAGUGAAAGUGAAUGAAGGUAGUGAGUCUUUGUGUGUGAGUGUCGAUUCGGAUAGCUCAUUGAAAAAUCGAUAUACUGUUCCUGUUGCUGAAAAACUUUCAGAUGGAUGUCAAGUCAAAACAGAAACUCCUGAAGAUAGUUUGAGUGCUGUGAAAAUGGAAAUUAAAAGUGAUAUGUUUAAUAGUGAGCUAAAAGACAUGAAGAAAGAGAAUAAUACUGAUACUGUUAGGCAUGGCAAGAAGGAACAAUAUCUCUUUACAGUGAAACAUCAGACUGAAGAUGAUGAUGAAAAACCACAAAGCAGUUAUCUGGACCAUGGACAUAUUCAGUUUGAGCAUCUAGGUGAAUGCAUGGAAAAGGCAAACAGUGAAAUACCCCAAGUAAUUGUUCCAAAUGGGGAUAAAUUCAAUGCUAUAAACCACUUGUAUAAUCUAAAUUCAUCAAACAUGUUCAACAAUGGAAAGGAUCUCAAUGGUAGUUUCCUACUUAGUGGAGGUGCUGGGAAUGUAACAUCUGAGAGAACGUGGUUCAGUAUUCUACCAAGAGAUGCAUGUGAUUCAAAUUCAGUCACAAGUGGAACGAUCAUGCCUCGAUGUGAUACAGCUACAGAGUUACGCAUACCUGUCUUUCCACCACCUUCAAGACUUUCUUCUCCUUCACCCGGGGGUAGUCAGUGUGAGUCUCCAGCACCUUUAAUAUUAACAGCAGAGGAGAUGGUACAGCUGGAACAAAUGAAGAAAAUGAUGCCUAUGGAACCUGCACAGGCCAAACCUGUACCUGAUGAACUACAAAGAGGAUGGUGGCGUAUCACAGACAAGGAUCAGUUACAGACAAUCUUAGAUAACUUGCAUACUAGAGGUGUCCGUGAACGUGAACUCAAGAGGGUAGUUGGGAAAUAUAUGGAACAUGCACUGGAAUCUUGUGGGAAGGUGUGUGUUGCUGGAGGUGAAAAAGCUGUGACAGAUCUGGCAAUCACUGACAUGGAUCACAAAAUCGCAGCAUUACCUGGUGGAGCACCUCUGCGAGACGAGCCAGAUCAAUGGUACCCACGAGUAGCACUUCGUGUUGACUUGCAGAUGCUGGAACAGCUUGAAGUACUUGAAGACAAGGUAGCUAAUGCCAGCAUGCAGAUAAAGGGAUGGAAGGUCCCACCGCGGAUUACUUCAGAUGAGACAGCUGUGUUCAGACCAUCGUGUUUACCAUCAGAUGUUGAUGAAGCAAAGACAAAUCCAGUCGAGAUUGCAAAAGAACGUCUCAUUUCCUUAGAAGCUGCAAUUGAAAGAAGAUACUUAAAGCCUCCACUCGGUGUGAGCUCAGGGGAUGUAAACCUGUCUGGCAUAUCUGGAGAUACUCUAACCUGUGAUGACAGCAUCCCCAAGGGGCUGGCCGUGUGGCGGGAGGCUGUGGGGCGUGCUCACACAUCAGCACAACUUGCGAUGGCUCUCUACAUGCUCGAGGCCUCCAUCGCUUGGGACAAGAGCAUCAUGAAAGCCGUGAGUUCGGUUACAUCCGCAUCCGGCAAAGGUUCUAGUAACUGCCAGUUUUGUCAUAGUGGAGACAAUGAAGACAAGUUACUCCUGUGUGAUGGAUGUGACAAAGGCUAUCACACAUACUGCUUCAAGCCAAAAAUGGAGAACAUUCCAGAAGGGGACUGGUACUGCUUUGAAUGCAUGAAUAAAGCAACAGGGGAACGAAACUGCAUAGUAUGUGGAAAAAAGACAGGCAAAAAUCUUGUAUUGUGUGAUGUAUGUCCUAGAGCAUACCACACGGAUUGUCUUCAGCCUGUAUUAAGUAAGGUUCCACGAGGGAAGUGGUUCUGCCCAACUUGUCAGUCAAAACAACCAAAGAAGCGAAACAGCGGCCGUCGUUCAGGUGGCCAUUCUAAACCACGCGAAAGUGAGAGUAGUGACCAUGUUCCAGCAAGUCCACCAGCAACUCCAGCUGCACCGAUUGAAGAUACUUCAUCUGUAGCUCCAAAUGCUUCUCCACCUCAAACAACGCAAAAUACAACAAGUCAGAGCAAGAAGGACAAAAGUAGUGGUUCAUCAAGUAAAAAGGUUGCCAAGGAUCUCAAUCCAUGUCGAGUGCUGCUUGAGGAUUUAGAGGCACAUGAUGAGGCAUGGCCAUUUUUGCUGCCAGUGAACACUAAACAGUUCCCAACGUAUCGAAAAAUUAUAAAGAAUCCAAUGGACUUGAGCACAAUCAAGCGGAAGCUCCAGGAUUCAACGUACAAAUCUCGUGAAGAAUUUUGUGCAGAUGUGAGGCUCAUUUUUAACAACUGUGAAACAUUCAAUGAAGAUGAUUCUCCUGUUGGAAAAGCUGGUCACAGUAUGCGUUCAUUUUUUGAGACCCGGUGGAGUGAACUGAAUGGAAACCAUCAAAAACCAAGCACUACUACUUCAACAUAAAUUUAAAGCCCUGUACUAAUGUGAAAAUGAAAUGUGUGUGCGUGUGUGUUAUACUGUUUUAAUGUGCAGACCCGGUUCUCGUGUUACUGUGUCUUUAACUUGAAGGAAUACAAGGUAUUUUCUGUGAUCUGGCGAAAAAAUACACGAACAACCUUUUUAUUAAGUCACACUUCUGCCAGCAGUGUUCUGCAAGAUACAAUUAGUCAUUUUUUUUAAUUCUGAUGUAAUAUUUAAAUCUGUUGUAGUGAAAUGCUACUGUAAUAUUAAUUGAAUUAUUUAUUCAGUUGAUAGUUUUCUGAAAUUAGAAAUGCUUGGUGGACUUGUAAUUCAGUGCACUAGUGUGUUUAAGUAAAACAUUUUUAAAUACUUUUUUAAAUACGAAGUGUGAAUCAAGAGUGAAAAAGACAAUGUGAAUGGCCAUAUCGAUGUGCAGAGUAUAUUUUGACUCAUUACAUUAAGUAUUUUUCUGGUGACUGAUAUGCGUCUCGUAUACCUGCUUAAUUUCCCAGUUUUAGGUUUAAUAAUUCUACAUCUGCCAUAUGUGAUAGGCAGACAAAAAUGUUUGCCCAUAAAUGUUUAACUUGUUUUAAGGUGCAUAUAUAUAUGAAUAUAUAUUUUGUAUUUACUCUUUUGUUAGAAGGAUUCCAAAAUUUAAGUGCUAAAUGUGAGAUUCCUGUUAAAACUGCUUUGUUGUCUUCAGCAUAACCAUUCCAGUGAAGCAUCAUAAUGAAGUAAAAUAUAUUCUACAUGUAAAAACAGUCAUUGUAGAUAUGCGAGUCCCUGUGUUGUUUUUAAUUUGUAAAAUAAUUGAUAAUUUAUUACUUUUUGUGUAAAUAUUUCAUUUUAUCAAAACAUUGAAGUAACUGCAUAUGUCCAUGACAGUUCUGAUUUAUUUCAUAGUUGCAGAAACAAAAACUCAUUCUUUUUAGUUCAGUAUCAUCCAAGAAACCUUUAUUCAUAUAAUCUAUAUUUUCUGUUAUCUUAGUUUGCUGAAAGAUUAUACACUUAUGAACACAGAAAGUCUGGGUAUAAAUUGUUGUUCAUUGAUACCUCUCUGCAUUCCCUUGAGAUGUAACUAGUGAUCCAACACACUUGCAGUAAAAUGUGUAUAUAAAAUAUUAUUUCAAAGUACAAUUUCAUAAUUAUUUGUAGAAGUCUUUAGCAACAGAAUUUUGUGUGGCUGUUACGAAUAUAUGUCACUUUAUUUUGUGACUGCUUUUUGCUCAUUACUGUUACAUUUAAUUCAGAAAUGGAAGCUAUGUAUACAGAAUUUCAUUUAUGACUGUCUUAAAUGAAGAACCUCAGCAGUUAUAUGUUGUGAAGUGAGAUGUGUCUGCUUGCAGAAUCCUAUUUUCCCAUUGAAAAUAAAGCAAUGUAAAGCCAGUACAAUUUCAAAAUAUAUUGAAGUUCACUACAGUAUUAGUUUUAUGUACUGCUCCAUAUUAGUUCUGGCAAUGAAGCAGUUAUUGUAGAGCAAGGAAAUGCUGGUAACAUAAAACACUUCUACCUUGUGGAUGUAUGGAAAAGUAGCAUGCUAUUGUUAAAUUGUAAAUGUAUAUAGACAUUGAUGUUAUGUAGCUGCUGUUAUGUCACAUCUGUUACAGUGUGUUACAUUGUUAUACAUACAUUUAAUUUUUCAUGUUGAAGGUUGAAUUUACUGAGAUUUUUGUACAGCUGGACGGAAUCUGGAUUGAUGCAGGUGUGCUUAUUUUUCUAUCUCUGUGACUUUAUGCCGUACUUGUGUAAAAUAUAUUGAAUAUGGCUCAUACCUAAUACUCCUUUCUUAAAGUGUAAAAAAAAAAGAAAAAUACUAUGUAAGUAAGGUUCAUAGCAAGAGUUCACAUAUGGGCGGCAUUUGAUAAAAUUUUCAUUUUAAAUCUGCUGCUUACACUGGGGAGGACUGAUGCACUCUUCCAUUAAUUUGCAUAAUUUGCAAGAAAUUGUAGAGUGAAGCUUGGGCUUCCUUUACAUUUCAUAUCCUUAAAAAUGCUUAGAAAAAAAAUCUGGAGUUUUUUCCUUAGCGAUGCAUAGUGGAAGAAUAAGUUGAAAUUUCCUUUCAGUUAACCAAAUACAUAUUGCCACAACAAAGGCACCAUGAUGGGUAAUAAAUUUAAGAGCAGUAUGUGUCACAUAUUGUUGCUACAAAUUUGUUGUGUGACACUGUUGUUUUAAUUUCUUCCAUGAUUGGUUAAUGUUGAUACACUGGAUGUUGUUAUACAUCGUAUUCACAUGCCCCUUUUCAAUUUGAGAGAAAGGGGCAUGUAGCUAGGUAAUAAAACAUAAAAAUCCAGUAUCAGAUUCAUGAGUGGUUAGUUUUAACAUUAUGAACAUCGUUUCCAUUAUUUUGGUACUUGUUGUGCCUUUUCAUGCUUAUACUGUUACCUGAUAAUGCCGCAGGUAUCAACAAAGUCUCAGUGUUCACUACUUAGCAGCAAAACACCCAAAUGCUGUGAGCAGUCCCCGUUUUUAGGCUUGAUGUAAGCCGUGAUAAAUGACUAGGCUCAUAUACAUGAUUUUGCCUUACCAGAAGGAACACUUUACCAUCAGAUAGUUAUUUACUGUUGUUGGGAACUGUACAUGUAAACUGAGAUGAGAUAUUCUCUGCUUGUACUGUAAUGAGUAGUGUUAGAAAUUUGAUUUUAAAGGCCAUUAUUAAUACUUUAUGUAGGUUUAAUGGCAGAUAUAUGAGGCAGUAAGAAGUUUGUGCAUCACUUUCAAUUGCAAUGAAAGGAAAAUGUUUUUUGUUCUAACUGUGGUACUUACUUGAGGUUUAGUGAAGCAACAGUUACGGUAAAUACCUACCAUGUAUUAGUUUCAAUACCAAAUCAUUUCAGCAAUGGAGAUUUCACUGAAAUAAUUUGGCAAUGGAUAAAUUGUUCCUUGUGGAUAUACACUGGAGUAUUCAUGAAAAUAAAUCACAGACAGAUGGAUUUUUCAUUUUCAGUGACUGGAGACUAUUAUAUCUUUUUAGUGCACAUUAUUUUGACAGUAAUCAUGUAAAAAAAACUUCUUGGUUUUAUAGGGGCACAUCAAAAUUUACUACCUCGUCCUUGCUCUCGAGGUUACACAUGAUAAUCUCAAAGCACUUUGUCCAUCCACAAGUACAACUGAAAUUUAGGGAGUGGUGCUAUAAGCUUUUAAGCAUGUAGUAUUUUAUUUUCCAAAUUUAAGGAAAACAAUCACAGAUUGUGAAAUUGUGCUUUGAAAUGUUGAGUUGAUAUGAUGCCACAGCUGAGAGUUCAUGAGAACUUGUGAUUUUUGUACUACUGUUUUGUUUUCAUUGUAGAUGGUUUCUUUACAUUAAAUUUUCAGUUGAAGUUCUCAGGAA